GUCAUACAACCUCAAAGAAGAAGAAGAAAUGCUGUCCUACUUCCUUGUUAUGUUUGAAUGCUUGAGUUUGAGAAUCAAGGAGCUUACUCUCAGUCUGUGACAGUGAUAUCACCUUCAAUGUUUCUUGGAUAAAAUCAGAUGAUAUGUCCGGGGAGAAACUGAGGGUAUAAAACCUGCUCGACGACCACAGAGUAGUGAGCUGGAUUAAAUCCCUGCCCUGCCUGUUUGUCUGGUUUUCUCUGGCUAUGGUUCAUGAUGGAGAGGCUGAUAUCAAAGCUCACAGAGAAACAUGUCCUCUUCACGGCUUCCUUCGCUAUCCGGCUGGCUUUAGUCGGUUAUGGAGUCCACCAGGAUAAAACUAUGGUGGUGAAAUACACUGAUAUUGAUUAUCAUGUGUUUACUGACGCUGCAAGAUUCAUCACUGAGGGAGAGUCUCCAUACAACAGAUCAACCUAUCGCUACACCCCUCUCCUGGCCUGGCUGCUCACCCCUAACAUCUAUCUCAGCGAGGUCUUUGGAAAAAUCCUCUUCAUCGUGUGUGAUGUGCUGUCAGGUCUACUCAUCUACAGAAUCCUCCUUCUGAGAGGUCUGAGCUCUGAGACAGCCCGCUGUGUUUGUUCUCUCUGGCUCCUCAACCCUCUGCCGAUGGGGGUCUCGAGUCGAGGGAACGCUGAGUCCAUCCUGGCAGCUCUGGUGCUCGGGACCUUACUCUGUAUGGAAGCCCGGAAUCUGACCUGGGCAGCCAUACUCUAUGGUCUGUCUGUACAUAUGAAAAUUUACCCCAUCACAUACGCCCUGCCCAUCGUUCUGACCCUCCGAAACCAAAAGGGCACAAUAGAGGAGGAUGACAAAGGGUUGAGGUGGAGGUGGAGGUGGAGGUGGAGGUGGAGGAGGCUCAUCCAGUUUAUAGGAAGCUUCUUAAACAAAGAGCUGCUCCUGUUCGCAAGUGUGUCCGGAGGAGUUUUCUGUUUGCUCACAGGACUCUUCUAUAACAUGUAUGGUUGGGAGUUCCUUCAUGAGACUUACUUUUACCACCUGACCAGGAGAGACAUCAGACACAACUUCUCUCCUUAUUUCUACAUGCUCUACCUCACUGCAGACAGCAGCUGGAGCCCUUUGCUCGGCCUUGCAGCGUUCCUGCCGCAGCUCGUCCUGCUGUUAGUCACAUCGUGGGCCUUUCACUCCGACCUGUCCUUCUGCUGUUUUCUGCAAACCUCCAUUUUUGUCUCUUUCAACAAAGUCUGCACUUCACAGUACUUCCUGUGGUACCUGUGUCUGCUCCCUCUGGUCAUCCCUCACCUGAGCCUGUCUGUCAAACAGGGGGUCAGACUGCUGCUCCUCUGGUUUGCUGCACAGGGUAUCUGGUUGUGUCCGGCCUACCUCCUGGAAUUUGAAGGCUUUAACACCUUUCUAUGGAUCUGGCUGGCUGGACUGCUUUUCUUGAUCAUCAACUCCUUCAUCCUGAUCCAGAUUAUAAUCCACUUCAAACCAACACAGAGAACUGCAGAGAGACUGAAGAUUGAAUGACUGUCACUAACUCUUUAUAAAGGUGAUGAUGAACUGUGGAUGGAUGUUAGAAAAUAAAAUGUUUUUUUGUUAAAACUCA